GUUUUGGUGUGGAUGAGAGACGAACGGACGCUCCUGUCUCUCUCAUGGCUGACUUGACCCAAAUUAAGCUCUAAAGGCAGGAACACUAAUAAUAGAAAACAACCCUGGCUUAGUUCUUCAUGUUCUUCAGACGCGGAGGUGAACACGAGAAGAGAAGAGAAAGGAAUAACUUUACACGUCAAGAAAUUAAAGUAAAAAAAUUAACACACGACUGAAAGAAGGAAAUAAAUAGUGUAUUAUAUAGUGAUAGAAAGAAAGAAUUUAUAUAGAAAUAAAUUAUAUAAACCUAAAAAAAGAAACAAUACGAUUUUUAUAUACAUGAAAUUGUUGAUGGAAGAAAAAUGUGUUUGAAAUAUAUUAACUAUUAACCCGAACUCUGAAAAGGGUAAUUAUUUGUGAACAGAUUCAGAUACUUUUUUGAGAGAAUUAGUUAGAAUUAGCGAGAAUUUGUUCCCCCGGUGUUAAAGGUUAUUUAAGAGUGAAUUUUAUUAUUAUAUAUAUGAGGCCUUAAAUUUUGCCUCGCUAAGAAACGUAGUAAUUUAUUUGGUAAACUUUGAAUAAUUAUAUAUAAAAAAGUGAAAUUGUAGAAGACUUGGUAUCAGUGAGAGGUCAGAUAAAAUACGUAAGUUUAUCUAUUAGUUUAGCAUCAAGUACUGAACGUGUAUCAAGUAUCAAGGAAGAAGAAAUAACAUCACUAAAUAUUCGACGUCUUUAUCAACAGCCUGAGGUAUUCGACGCCAUUACAUCAUCAGUUAUUAAACGAAGUCGACCACCAAAGCUCACUCGAUCGACACCAAGUAUCCUAUUGGUGUCUACUGUGAUGUGAGGUGACUUGGCCGACCUCCUGUGGCUGUAGACCUCGAUCUCCACUCUCCCGCUAUCCCUCCUGCAGACUCGUUGACGUUCUUCUCCUUUAGUCACGCCCACAGACGCCCAUUCCUGUCCUCGGCUAUUACUCCCCGUCCGUAAUUAUUCACGCCCACGCUUCCUUUCUCUCUCUUCCAUCUUUCUCCCCCCACACCUUCGCCAUUCCUUCCCUGUCACUCCCCCUCACUCUGGCCCACUCACCCACGCCCAGCAGGAUGAGCGUGGAGGUGGGCACACCCGGCACGCCCGCCGGUACGCCCACACAACCCCUCACCCACCACUUCCACUGCACGCCCGACCACGCCUCCACCGCCCUCCAGGCCAUGAACAAGCUCAGGAUGAACACCCAGCUGUGUGACAUUGAGCUGGUUGCUGGCGCCGUGUCCGUAUUCGCUCAUCGCGUGGUGCUGGCUGCGGCUUCGGCGUACUUCCAUGUAAUGUUCAACAGUGACCUGGUGGAGAAGUCCCAGGAGAAGGUGGCGCUGCAGGACCUGGACUCGACGGCCCUGGAGCUGUUGGUAGAGUACUCAUACACGGGAGAGAUCAUCAUUACUGAAGACAACGUGCAGGUGUUGCUCCCGGCGUCAAGUUUGCUGCAGAUGGUGAGCGUGAGGGAGGCGUGUUGCAAGUUCCUCAUGAGGCAACUCCACCCCUCAAACUGCCUCGGCAUCAGAAGUUUUGCAGAUGCCCACAGCUGCGGGGAAUUACACACUCGCUCCCACCGAUUCGCCCUCCAGAACUUCCCUGAAGUGUGUGGCACUGAGGAAUUCCUGUUGCUGCCAUUCAAACAGGUGGAGGAGUUGAUUGCAUCAGCACAGCUAAAUGUCCCAUGUGAAGAGAAAGUGUUCACUGCGGUCAUCUCCUGGGUCAAGCAUGACCUACCCGAGCGUGAAAAACUCGUGCCUGAGUUGCUGAAACAUGUACGCUUACCUCUACUGUCACGGGACUUCCUGACCUCCAAUGUGGAUGCCGAGCCACUGGUGCGUGAGAAUUCAUCAUGUCACCACCUGCUGUUAGAGGCACUCAAGUACCACCUCUUACCAGAACAGCGAGCCACCCUCACCUCACCUCGCACCCAAGAGAGGCAACCUGAGGGAGUCAAGCCCUACCUCUUUGCCUGUGCAGGUGGAGGCAGUCUCUUCGCCAUCCACAGUGAGGUAGAGUGUUACAACCCCCGCACCGACCGUUGGAUGCCCGUAGCCUCUAUGAAUUACAGAAGGUCACGAGCUGGGGUGACAUCCCUUGGGCGGUACCUGUAUGUCAUGGGUGGUUAUGAUGGGGCGUGUGACUUAUCCUCUGCAGAGAUGUACAACCCAGCCCUCAAUAAGUGGCUCAAUAUCACUUCCAUGGGUACCAAGAGGUCCUGCCUAGGUAUCGGUACCACCAACGGUCUCAUCUACUGUGUUGGAGGUUAUGAUGGGGCAUCAUGUCUGAGUAGUGUUGAGAGAUAUGACCCACUGACGGGAUGUUGGACUUCCUGCCCUGCCAUGGCCACACGUCGACGGUACUGUCGGGUUGCUUUACUAGAUAACUGCAUCUAUGCCUUGGGUGGCUUUGACUCCACUAACUACCAGUGCACAGUGGAAAGGCUGGACCCUCGAGUGGGCAAAUGGAUGUCUGUACCACCCAUGAUGAGCAGAAGAAGCAGUUGUGGGGCAGCUAUAUUAGGUGGAAUGCUAUACUGUAUAGGUGGGAAUGAUGGCACAAUGUGUAUGUCAUCAGCUGAGAGGUUUAACCCGAGGAGAAACACUUGGGAACCAAUCACAGCAAUGCAUUCUCGAAGAUCAACACAUGAGGUAGUGGAGAUUGAUGGGUUUUUGUAUGCAUUGGGAGGCAAUGAUGGUUCCUCAUCCCUCAACUCUAUGGAACGCUAUGACUCUAAACUCAACAAGUGGGUCCUGGUCACUUCCAUGCUUUCCAGACGAUCGUCGGUGGGGGCGGCAGUGCUGGAGUGCCACAUGCCAGAGAAUGACCUGGCAUCCACUGUGACUUUAUCCUUUUAUCCAUCCAGCUACCCGAGAAAAUGCUGUACAUAGGGGCUGAGGGUCCUCAGUUGGUGCUGCAGUGUUGGACUGUCUACAGUUAGAGAGGGGACUGACCAAGUCUACUUGACAGGUGGAUCGUUACCCAUCUCUCAUGUCUUAGGUCACCCUGGGUCAUCUGAAUCAUUCUGGACCAAAGAACCUAGUCAUUGACCCUUAGGAACAUAUAGAUCUCUGACCUCACUUAGGUCAUCGUCAAUAGACUUUUAGAUUAUCUUUGGAUAUACCCCUGUAAUAGUCUUCAGUGUGGGAACUUUACAAUCACUUGUCAAACUAGUCAUACAUAGAUUGAUUUUUUUACCAAAUGUGUCAUAUCAGCUACUAUACCUUGAGUACUGAUUAGUUAGUUAGUCACUUGUGUAUCACUAAUCAAGCUAGUCAUUUUCUAUAAGUACCUUGUACCUAGUCAGUUAUGCCUUCAUGAACAUCCACUUAGCUAAACAGUUAGUUGUGUAAUUGAUAGUCAAAUUAUCAAUGAAAAAGGCAACAUGCCAGACCAGUGGCUUUUCUUCAUAAUGCCUGAUCAAGCGAAUAUUUCUUUGAAUAAGAAUUGAAUCAAUUGCAAAUUUGUUAGAGUUUGAGAGUCAAAUGUCUAUCUCUUGAUCCACUUUUUGUAGAGAUUCAUCCAUACCGUUAAACUAUUGACUUUGUUGGUUAAUAUCCUAAUCAUGUCUUUCUCUGUAUAUUAAACACUUCGUUUCAAUGGUUAACAUCAUAAUCACAGGUUUCCCCGCACACUAAAAAGCACAUGUACUAAUGAAAAAUACUGGUUGCCCUCAUUUAUACCAAGAAUUGUAUCCCAAGAUAAGGCCAUUAUCAGCUAAAUCUGUAUGAACAAAUAAAGGUUGUGGUUACACAGCCAAAUUUGCAUACACUAAUAGCAUCUUAGUAAUUAAGUACAGUACUUUAAUGAAAAUUUGAUUUAAUUAACAUUAUAGAUCGGUAUACUGCACUCUACUCCUCAAUUCUUUUCAUCGUUUCUUGCAUGAUGGGAGGCUUAUGAUAGGCCGGUGCCAAUGGUUGCAUGAGGAGAAGGUAGUGUAAGGUUUUCAGGGUCAUCAUUGAGUAGUGGUAGAGUCACAAGUAGUGCUACUGCAAGCCAGAACCAUGGAACAAGCAGGUGUACUGGCAGGGAUACUAGAGGUGCUAGCACCACUGGCAUUUCAGGAAGAAGUCUCAAGAAACUGUGUUUAACCAUGCAUUCUUUCUCUACAAAGCUCAUUAUAGGCAGAAACACUUUAUCAUCCCUUCAUGGAUCACAUGAACAUUGAGCAUGAGGUAAUGAGCUAGCCUUUUCAUUGAAUACUAAUUCUGUUAUAUGGAAACUUCUUUGUGCUCUGGCACCUCCUCUUCCUCUAGUUGUGUCAGCUCUUAACAAAUCCUUAGGAGUCAAUUCUUCAGCAUACUUACAAGGGUAAAUGUUAUGUAGUACUUAAAUGCAGGAACUACAGGGGCCUGAAACUACAAGAAGUUUUAGAAAAAAAGUGACUGAUAAAUUGAUAAGGGAGAAAGUAGACAUGAAUGAAAUGUGGUUUGGAUUUAUGCCAGGUAGGGUAACAACAGAGACAAUAUUUUUGGACAGGCAGCUACAGGGAAGGAGAGAAAAUUUUAUUUCAUAUGCAGUAUGUAGACUUAGAAAAGGCAUUUGACAGGGUACCACAUGAAGUAGUAAAGAAGGCACUUAGAGAGUUAAGAGCUAAGAGUACAUAACCCUUUGAAGAGGUUAUGACAUUAUAUGAGUACUCAAAAACCUUGGUGAGAGUAAAUAAAUUAUGAGGAAUAGAUGGUGAAAUUAGGGGACCAUCAAUUGUGCUUUAUUCAGUGAAUCUGUCUUACACAAACAAAUGGUAGGAUUUUUACUCUGUAUUGAAUAACAUGAGGGUAUAAGGUGGGAAAAAGUGAGGUAGGAAGGGAGAGAGGUGGCGGUGAUAUGCAGCUUUAUAAGUACAAACCCUGGCCCAUUAUAAACAAUAUAUGGGCAGAAAAAUUAAGCAGCAUAUGUGUGUGUGUGUGUGAAGCUGGCUUAAAUGAGGGCACACAAUAACUUUCAGAACUUAUUAAGAGUGUUAUGCUAGUCACAGUUACCCAAAACAUAGGUUCAUUAUUUCAAACCUGUUAAUUUUGUGUUGAUAUAAAUCUUGUGUUUUGUACAUAAAAAGGGAUAAUCACUUUACUCAUGUUGUCGCUUAUAUCAUCUCAUUUAGAAGAUUAUAUGAGUUUUAUUUUUUAUUUAUCUUAUUUAUAUAUUUUUAUUUAUAUGUUAUUUGGUGGAAACAUGUAUAUUUUAUGUACAUAUAUUUAUAUUUAUUGCCUGUUAUCUGUAAAUGAUCUAGACGCCGAGUAAAAUGCCGGCGCUGUAUUGAAUAGUGUUACAUGAUGCAUAGUUUUAUUAUAUGUGCAUACAAACUCUAUUGCAAAUUAAAUAUCACAACUAUGAA